CUCGCACGUGCUAAACGCUUUGAAAGAGACCGGCGGCUCAGAUUCUGAUUUCAUUAUCAAUCUGAAUUAGAUUGAGAUAUUUUAGGAGGAUUCAGAGAGAAUUCUCAGACGAAUUGCACAAAUUCCCCUUUCUUCUUCUUCACUUCAAUCAAUACUCUCCAAUCAUCUGGUGAAAAUGUGCUUGAAUCAUUAGCAAUGGGAGCGGUCAUCUGCACAUCGGGAAAAACAGCCAGCCGCGAACAUUCCAGCGGAAGGCAAUCCGGAAAAUCUCUGAGACGGAAAAUUACCAAGGACUCGAUUUAUGAUUCGUCAGAUUACGUCGAGUGCUCCUCGCUGAUACGUACAAAUGGGAAAGAAAGACUCCAGUUCACGAGUAAGCAUGAGAUUCAUGCAAAUAUCCCGACUCAACUGGAGCCGAAAGAGUAUAAGAUCAAGCCAUGUGGAAUUGCUAACUGCAACUGUUCUCUGUGCCAGAAAAUCGACAACUCCUCGAAAUGCGCUCCAACUCAAAGGCUUUUCAAGAACGUCUGGGGCAGGAAGCACAAGACAUAUUCUUCUGAUAGCACACUGUCUGCGACUAAAAAUAGCUCAGACAUUCCAAGUACAAAGGAAGAUUGUGACAGCGAGCCGCCAAACCAACCGCAAGCAGCUUACAAAGAAUCUGUAGUACAAACAAAUGAGGUGACUGUUGUUAAAGACAACAGUACGUCAACCACUGCUUGCUUGGAUCACCUCACGACACAUCUGUCCUUGAAUGAAAAAUGUGGUUUGUGUGAUUUUGUCGAAUCUGGCAAGCAUGAUAGAUGGAAUAGCUUGGAGGAGGAUGCCAAUCUUUUCAGAGAGGUCUCCAAGAACAUUACAAAAUGGCUGAGAACCACACCAAAAUGCAUGAAGAGAAUCGUUCUUCAUAGCGUGGAACCAGAACAGAAAAUCAGAAUUACCCUGUGGAAAGAUAAAGCUGGGGUUCAAGAAAUUCUUGUGACGGAUGGAGAUCAGCCCUGCCAAAUAAAAGUUGCAAAUCCUCCUGAAAAUGUUGAACCAACCGAGGAUGUGGAGGCGGAUGAUGAAGAAGAAGAAGAGGAAGCAGAAGCAGGCGCAUCAGGUGGUGAACCUGCUCCUCCACAAAAUGAUGCCGAAGAACCUGUUGCAGAGGAGAACUUGGAAGCCAGUGAAGAGACCGUGGAAAACGGAGGGGAAGCUGUCGUAGUCCGUCGAAUGAACCCCCGAGGAGGACAGCUGUUGAGAUCCAAAGCACAAGAAAGUGACAGUUUGGACCAAGCGGAAAAUAGACUCCCACCCGUGGACACCAUGGAAGCUUGCAACAAAGCAGCAGAAAGACUUCGCGAGCUGGCUCAUCAUCUUCAGCACGGAGAAGUUCCUGUUAAUGUUUUGCAAAAAGCCCUGCAAUACGCUGCUUGUGUUUUGGAUACUGUAUGCGUGGAUGACAGCAGUUUACCUGAACCAGAACCAACUGAAACGAACGACUCACAUUCAAGCAAGCUCAGCUCAGCUUUCAUAUCUUUUAUGAACAAUCUACCUAGACAUUUUAUUUUUAAUUAUAAAAGGUCGAAACCUCCUGAAAAUGCCAUUAGCUCCCCGGGUUCUUCCCAGUCGCCAGAGAGAACACCAGUUCACAGAAGGCAGUUCACACGACUUAUGUCAAAAAGCCGUAGAACCAUAGAUGAUGAUGAUGAAUUAUCUGAAUUUCAUCCCAAUGCGGUUCCUACCGAAGUGCGAGAAUGGCUGGCUUCAACUUUCUCAAAGAAAACUGCAACCCAAAGAAAAAGAUCUGAGGACAAACCAAGAUUCCGUUCAGUUGCUAAUGCUAUCAGAGCCGGCAUUAUGGUUGACAGAUUGUACAGACGAAUGUCCAAUUCAACAUUGUUCUACAUUCCAACUCACAUAUCAAUCUACUUGAAAGGUUUGGACGACUACUCCUUUGACGUAUUUAGCUUGAAUGAAAAAGCCAAUGGUCAAGGUUUACGUUAUUUGGCGUACGAUCUGCUCAACCGUUAUGGUCUGACUCACAAGUUCAAGAUUGCAUCAUCAACAAUGGAAAACUUCAUGUCUCAGAUACUCCAUGGUUAUGUUAGACAUAAAAACCCGUAUCAUAAUGAUCUUCAUGCUGCUGAUGUUACCCAAACCGUUCACUACAUGCUUUGCCAGCAAGGAUUAGCGAACUGGUUGUCUGACUUGGAAAUAUUUGCCGCUCUAAUUGCAGCCAUUGUUCAUGAUUUUGAGCACACAGGGACAACAAACAACUUUCAUGUUAUGUCCAGAUCCGAAACUGCAUUGCUGUACAAUGACAGAGCCGUUCUUGAAAAUCAUCAUGUAAGCACAGCCUUUCGCUUGAUGCGCGAUGACGACUGCAACAUCCUCUCUCAUCUCAGCAAAGAGGAAUAUAAGGAGUUUCGCACUUUGGUUAUAGACAUGGUCCUGGCAACAGAUAUGUCUUCUCAUUUCCAGCAGAUAAAAUCUAUCAAGUCCUUGAUCGGUCACCCUGACUUCACUCUGGACAAAUCAAAGGCUUUGUCUCUAGUACUCCACUGCUGCGACAUUAGUCAUCCCAGUAAAAUUUGGGACUUGCAUCACCGAUGGACCUUGUUGCUUAUGGAAGAAUUUUUCCUCCAAGGGGAUAAAGAACAUGAACUUGGACUCCCCUACUCUCCAUUAUGUGACCGCAACACAACUUUAAUUGCUGAAUCUCAGAUCGGUUUCAUUGAGUUUAUCGUCUCACCCAGUCUUGAAGUUUUUGGCGAUAUGUUGGAGAAAAUUGAGCAGAAGAACCAGAAUAUUCGUUCUCCACCAAUUUCAGAAACUCUUAACGAGGAACCACCCCCUGCAGACAGCAGAGGAUCAUCACCAUCACGGAAAAAAUCACAGACUCUGGCAGGAGCCUUGAUAAGUGCAGUAAAAAGAGAUAGCUCGCCGGAAGCUGCGGCUGCUGCUGCUGCUACCAGUUCACCAAAUCCACCUGAUACUGCUAACUGUUCACCGAAUUUAAGCCCCAGUACAAGCGCUCCAACAUCGCCAAAAAUUACAGCUCAGUCGAAAUCGAAGGUCAAAAGACCUUGGAUAUUCCACCUGGAAGAAAACAAGACCAAAUGGAAGGAACGAACUCACAGAGAUGCAGAAUUGCGAGCACAGCUUUCUGUUGCUCAUGACAACAAUGGCGAUGAUGUUGGAAGAGUGAUUGUGUAAAUUUCGCCAGCAGGAUAUUUACUUUCAAAAGCAGUGACUUUAUUAAUUUUCCAAUCCUUUUCUUUCUUUUUAUGCAACGCAAAUUUCAGAUGCGGUUGAUAAUGAUAUUUCACAUCAGACUAAUCCAUGCUUACUUGGGGAAUCAUCACCGGGAAGGCAUUUUUUGGGAGAUGCGGACCACAGUAUUUUACAUACCUUUUUUUUUUUUUUUUUUUUUUUUCCCCUUAGCCGAUGCUUUGAGAUUUGAUUAAUGGCUUAAGCUUGCGAAACAGCUAUCCAAUGUCUUUGGUCCUGCUCUUAAAAAUUGAUGGAAUGACACUUAAUCUUCUAAGUUCUCUCUUUCACACUCUCUUUGUCCCAAUUGUGUAAAAUUUUAUGUUGUGCUGCGUCUAACUCAUUAAAGAUGAUCUGGUAUCUCUGUCGUAGAUAUGUAGCCAAUGAAUGUUCUUAUUUCUCAGCAUAUCGUGCCCGUUUGUAUGCACUUUCUAGAAAGAUCAGAAUAUUUUUUAUGAAACCGGAAGAUUUCAUAAUACUACUGAUACGUUUACUGUCGCGACUCAUGCCUGUGAUUCUAGCCAUCUGUCUAAUUAGAUGACCUCUUCUUUAUUAUCCCUUAGUAAAGAAGAGGUAAUGUAUUUAGAAAGUAGGUACGAAUCACAGGAGAUUCACGCGGCAACCAACGUUUUAAAAUAUCUUUCUUCUUGUAAAACUUAUCAACAAAUUCAGUCAUUCGCAAAAUGACGUUUUUUAUUCCUGCCGCUCAUAACAAAGUAAUUUAAAAACCGGACUUUUCAAUGCAUUUGUAUAUUUUGUAAAAUAUGGGAUUUUACUUACAUGUAUACACUACAUAUGCAUUUAUUACACCAGCUUCUAUUAGUCCUUGAGAGUUAUGGAAUUUGAUUUUCAUGUUAAACUGUGUAUAGCAGCAUAAUGAGCUACUCUACUGAACUUAACAGAGAUACAGAUUAACAUGCUUAUGAGUCUUUUUUCUAAUGCAAUCAUGUACUAGAACAUUGUUGUGCGAUGUGAUCUUCUAUCACUUAAAGUGUUUGUAGUAUUGUCCUUUACAUUCUUCAUAUUCGUACACAUUAUACUUUUCUUCUAAACGCACCUAUUAAGAAUGUAUUCUUUAACAUAUAUUUAUUUAAUCUCAAAACAUGUAACCAUAUAAUUUUACGAAUUAAUCGAAAAUCAUUUGGUAUGCGGAAUGGGUUUUGAAUUUCAAAACAUUUUUAAUUCAAAUAUAUUCUGCAAAUUCUCACCCUCACAACAGGUUCUGUCGCUACAGACUUUGUGUCACACAUACAGUAGAAUGCAUCAAAGUGAAUUGUGGGCAAGCUUUCAGUAUUAUUGUUCUUGUGAUGGAUAUAUUGUGUGAUGUUCGUGUUAGUGUUUUAUAAAAAUAAACCACAAAAUAUAUAUAUUCGAUAGAAAAUGUGUUUUAAUUCGUAAAUAGGAAAAGUGUGAAUGUGAAUGUCAAUUAGUAUGUGGCAACUAGCUUAUCCUUAACCUGUACCCCUUCCUUUGUAUACUUAAACAUGUAGAAGCCAAUAUUAGUACAUUAGAGCUAACUUACAUGUUUCAUCUCCCCGGUGAUAUAACAAUUGAUUUCGAUUCGAAAAUAACAUAGGUGUAUAGUGCACGUAGUAGAAAUUGUAAAAUGCAUAUCACUGAUAUAAUCUAUGUGUACCGUAAAAUUUAGUUAAGAUAUUGUAAUGUUUAGUUUUGUGUGGUGUAGUAUUUAAUAUAAUUUGAUUUGUACAGAAAUUUUUCCAGUUCUUGAUUCUUCCUAAAAUAUUGACUCUUUUGUUUUUGAACAAAUCUAACGCUACUGUAUAAAAAAACUGCUUUCAAAUAUCAUGAAAAUUAUAUUUUAGAAUAUGGCAAUGAUACCUUUAAUAAGCAUCUACACAUUUUUGCCACAGCUUUUUGCCAUUUCAAUUUACAGGUUUGCCAAAGAGAAAGGCAAUGAUAGAAAUAAAACGCAGAAAGACGUCGGCCGAAUUUUCACACAAAAAGUUUACUUUGAGAAAGAUUCAUUUUUCAGCUUAGUGAAGUAUUUCUUACAUCUUUUUAAGUAUUAAAUCAAUAUACAUUGUACUCUAACCAUUUAUGUUUCAUCGUAUAUAUAUUAGAACAGUUUUGCUGAAACUUCUAACAUCUUAUACCUAUGUAUUUGGACAUAUAUUUUAAUAACAUUAAAUAUACAUUGACGGACCACAAUAACGUAAUAUUUAACUAUAUAUUAUAUUAUAUAUAUAUAUAUACCAAUAUUUUCAGAUUUCAACUAACAACCAAUCGAACUUAUUCAUGUAUCAUAACAUAAAUACUUAAAACUCGGUAAAUAAAUUUAUACGGAAAAACAAAAGUCUUCCUCUCCAAUUCACAAUCGUAAAAACUAAAUCACUUGAAAAUAAACAGGAACACUUUUUGGCAAUAGCAAUGUAAUUAUUAACAAUUUGUAAAACAAAUAUCGUGGUUAAUUAUAAGUGAUGAAAACAAAUUAAACAAUCUAAAUCACGUAAAGCUUGAAUGAGAACAAACGUUAACAGCAUUUCGCUGGAGCUAUAUAUCAGAAUGUAUAAAGGUACUUGCUAAUUCCUAAAAUUCUGGAGUGUAAUUAUUUUUAUGACAUUUAAACUGAUGUAUUGUAUUAUUUAGCUACUUAAAAAACCCUGCAUUGGCGUCAAUAUAGAUGUGAUGUACUAUUGUUUGUCUA